AUGGGGUGCUGCGUGUGGGGACCCCGGGGUGACACCUGCCGGGCCAGGGGGUGCCGCAGGGACCCCCAGCCCUGCCUGCGGACCCGCAGUGCCCCCCGAGCACCCCCGCGGCAGCAGCAUCUCCCACUCCCCCUCCCCGCGGCCCGGGACGCUCCCCCCUCACUGCCGCACUGCCCCCCCUCCAAGAUCCGGGAAGCCUUCAAGGUGUUCGACCGCGAUGGGAACGGCUUCAUCUCCAAGCAGGAGCUGGGCACGGCCAUGCGCUCUCUGGGGUACAUGCCCAACGAGGUGGAGCUGGAGGUCAUCAUCCAGCGCCUCGACAUGGACGGUGACGGGCAGGUGGACUUUGAGGAGUUUGUGACAUUGCUGGGGCCCAAGCUCUCCACCUCGGGCAUCCCGGAGAAGUUCCACGGCACCGACUUCGACACUGUCUUCUGGAAGUGUGACAUGCAGAAGCUGACGGUGGACGAGCUGAAGCGGCUGCUGUACGACACCUUCUGCGAGCACCUGUCCAUGAAGGACAUCGAGAACAUCAUCAUGACGGAGGAGGAGAGCCACAUGGGCACGGCCGAGGAGUGCCCCGUCGACGUGGAGACCUGCUCCAGCCAGCAGAUCCGCCAGACCUGCGUGCGGAAGAGCCUCAUCUGCGCCUUCGCCAUCGCCUUCAUCAUCAGCGUGAUGCUCAUCGCCGCCAACCAGGUGCUGCGCAGCGGGAUGAAGUAACGGGGAGCCCCCGCCGCCGGGGCCCCGCAGCGACAGCGAGCAGGAGACACCUAUAAAUAUCUAUAAAUAUCUCUAUGUACAUCCAUCUGUGGCCCAGAGACGUGCCCCCCGCCCCCGGCUGGGGGGCAGC